CCAGGCAGAGUUAGGCUGCGGGUGAGCGCCGGAGCCCAAAUGGUACGAAAACCCCCGUUCUUCUAGAUGCCAGAUGAUCUGAAGGAUUUAGAUGCUAAACCUUUAGAGACGUCUUUCUUGUCAUCCAACGUCUUCCCGCUUAUUUAGUCGUUCCAGUACUGUAGGCCUCGUCGGUUUCUUUGAAGCCGAUAGUCAGGCAAUUUACUGGGCACUCCAAGUGCGGGGUCCUCACGGCCUUCUCAGCUGCCUCAUCCUCGGUCCGGAGAGGACCCGGCGCCGAAUCACUGACGGGCCCAGGUGUCGGGAAAAUGAUCCACAGCCUAUUUCUCAUAAACUGUUCCGGUGACAUAUUUCUAGAGAAGCACUGGAAAAGCGUUGUGAGCCAGUCUGUCUGUGAUUAUUUCUUUGAAGCUCAAGAGAAAGCUGCUGAUGUUGAAAAUGUACCACCUGUCAUUUCAACACCUCACCACUACCUCAUCAGUAUCUACCGGGAUAAGCUCUUCUUUGUGUCUGUCAUACAGACUGAAGUGCCACCUCUCUUUGUAAUUGAGUUCCUACAUCGAGUUGCUGAUACCUUUCAGGACUACUUUGGUGAGUGUUCAGAGGCUGCAAUUAAGGAUAAUGUGGUCAUAGUUUAUGAGCUCUUGGAAGAAAUGUUAGACAAUGGAUUUCCACUGGCUACUGAAUCUAACAUUUUGAAAGAACUGAUUAAACCACCAACAAUUCUACGGUCUGUUGUCAACUCUAUCACAGGCAGUAGUAAUGUUGGGGACACACUCCCCACUGGGCAGCUGUCCAAUAUCCCAUGGCGCCGAGCAGGGGUAAAGUACACAAACAAUGAAGCCUAUUUUGAUGUCGUUGAAGAAAUAGAUGCAAUUAUAGAUAAAUCAGGAUCUACAGUCUUUGCAGAAAUUCAAGGGGUCAUUGAUGCUUGCAUUAAAUUAUCUGGAAUGCCUGACCUUUCCCUUUCUUUCAUGAACCCCAGGCUUCUAGAUGAUGUCAGUUUCCACCCCUGUAUCCGGUUCAAGCGCUGGGAAUCUGAAAGAGUUUUGUCAUUUAUUCCUCCAGAUGGAAAUUUCCGACUCAUAUCAUACCGUGUCAGCUCACAAAAUCUAGUGGCAAUACCAGUAUAUGUGAAACACAGCAUCAGCUUUAAGGAAAACAGUUCUUGUGGCAGAUUUGAUAUUACAAUUGGACCAAAGCAGAAUAUGGGAAAAACUGUUGAAGGAAUCACAGUGACAGUUCACAUGCCAAAAGUUGUGCUGAACAUGAACCUGACAUCAACACAAGGCAGCUAUACGUUUGAUCCAGUUACCAAGGUAUUGACAUGGGAUGUGGGGAAAAUUACUCCACAAAAGCUUCCAAGUCUUAAAGGACUAGUAAAUUUACAAGCUGGAGCACCCAAGCCAGAAGAGAAUCCAAGCCUCAACAUACAGUUCAAGAUUCAGCAGCUUGCUAUUUCAGGCUUAAAAGUAAACCGCUUGGACAUGUAUGGAGAGAAAUAUAAGCCAUUUAAAGGAGUCAAGUAUGUCACGAAAGCUGGAAAGUUUCAAGUUAGAACAUGAGAAGAGGCCAAAAUUCCUCAAGAUCUGUUUGUUUUCCAAGUGUCAUUACAGUUUAUUACUAUUAGGUACCAAGUGGGUGGGAAUACAUAUUCUAGUUAAAACAUUUUUGUCAAGCCACACACCGCUAACAAAGUUGCUUAGUAAUCAAUGUAGGAUUCUUAAGGAGCUUUUAAGCUAAGGAAAAUUUUGAAUGACUUAGCUUAUUUUGUAUCUUUUCAAUUUAGGAGGAUUUUAGAGGUGAUUUCCUCCAUAAGGGGGCACCAGCUGGAGGCUGCACAUUUUAACAGUAAAGGCAGAAACUACAGUGAUAACUUGUCUCCUAAAAGAAGUAAACUGGUCUCAGCCAGCAGGAGCUGUCUUAAUCUGUAGUGUGAUGUGUCAGGUGCACCCAAGGGUCACACCUGACCUUAGCCAUCCCUAAUAGCAUUUGUCCCAACAGAGGAAACUCCCCCCACCCCAAGAAGUUUACAGAAAACUGCCUCUUCAAGUGUUUGCCUUAUUCAGCUUUUCACUUGUGCCAUUAAGCAAGCACUGUAGCAAAAGCCACUUCACAUGGCCCUGGCAGGGAGCACUGCUGCUCCAUGCUCCAUUCUCACUGUACUUGGUAUUUGGUAUGUAUUUUUUAUAAAUAAGAUUUUUAUGUAAAGCUCAGAUUUUGAUUUACAGGGAUCUUGCUGGAUUAAGUACCAUCUCAGUUUUGUGCCACUGGUUUUGCUGUUAGCACAGUAAAAAUCAUUUGUAUCAAAGGGGUGAAUGCUUUAUUAAGAUAAUAAAAGGGAACACUACUUCUGCUUUUAGGAAGUUAUUGCAAGCACAGCAUUUGAGAUUUUAAGAAAGUUAUAGUAAAAAAGAAAUUUAAGUUAAUCAUUGCCAUCUUCAUAUUUUAUAAAGUUUAUCCAACACCACUUAAACCAUAGUUAGCCUGAAGGCCUCAUGCCCUAGUUCAGAGAAAAGAGGAAAGUGUGCCUGCCUCACUGUUGACAUUUAGGAGGUGCGGGGGGGUAGAAUCUUUUAUCUUCUUUAUUGUUGUUUUUGAGGACUUAAAUUUGCCUGCAGCUCUUGUCUAUAGGGGGAAUUCUCUUUUCCGACUGUAUGCUUUCCAAAUCUCUAGUCAAUAGAUUUCUUCCUGAAACUUACCAUAAUUGUCAUUGGAAUGCUUGAAUGUCUCUACUAUACUGAGAAAGUAUAUGGAGAAAUAUAAUAUUGAGGCAGAACAAAAUCCUUAUUAACUUUGAUGAAACUCUAUUGACCAUCAUGGUUGGUAAGAUUCUACAGUCGUAUCAUCUUUCUCAGCUUCAUUAGCUUAGAAAUCCUUGCUGCUUUUGCCUCAUUAGACACGAAGAAUGGGAAAAGGCUCAAAGUUAGGUUAUCAAUACUUGUUCUUAUGUUUCCUUCUUGUUUCUUAUGCUAUUAGCUUUCUUCUCCUUGUGAUUUCUUUCUUUUAAUUCUACUAAGAUUAUAAUUCUUUUCCUAGCUAAGGAUAGCCCUUAAAAAAUUAUCUCAUUCUGCUACCAAGGGCCAGAGUUUAGUGGUACAGUGGUUCUACUAUACAGCAGCAUUCUCACCUUUGCCUGUCUAGUAUACCCAGCCUUCCUUUCAUUCAGUAGAAAAGAUGUUUUGUAAUUUGGUAUUUAUAGAGUAACCAUUAUCAAUUAGCUUGGCAACCAAAAUUAAAAUGUUGCCAAAUAUUUAUCCCCUUUGCCUAAGUUUGGGAACCUAGUCAGUUGCUUUUCAUUUUUAAUGUCUUAUUCAUCACAAUUCAUACCUUAAAAGAAUAAUCAGUAUUUUACUUUUCUUUCUAGAGAAUCCUUAUCUCUACCAUUCAUAACUGGACUGUCCCCAAUUUUUUUUUUCUGUUCUAUCUUCACUUGUAUAUAAGUAGAUUAUAUACCAAGAAUCCCUCUAGCAAUUUCUGCUAAGACUUUUAAGUAGGCAGUUUACUUCUACAAUUAUUUUAUUUAUUGAUCUCUCUCUGACUUUACUGUCAAAAAAAAUAAAUGAAGCAAUAGUUGAUUUAGUUUGACUGCCUGGCCACAGAUAGCAAUAAGUGAUCAAAGGCGUUCUCCCU